GGCGGACACGCGCGCGCACCAGCUCACUGCCUCAUCCGCUCUGACUGACCAGACGCACUUUUCAGGGAGGUUUUAUUGCGAUGCUGGAGCUCGAAUAGCGGCCUGACAGCGACCUCAUUCUGGCGGAUUACUGUCCUUCGUUUGUCGUUUCUAGCAGGUGCACAAGGACGUUUUAGCAGACACAGACCUCCGCGUUAAUGAAACUUCGCUCCGAUUCCAGAGCUGGAUUUGGCGUACACCAUGUUAAGGUAAAGCCUAAGCUGGCUGUGUUGAACAUGCUAAAGAGGCUGGACAAAAUAAGGUUCCGAGGGUCGAAGCGUGAUGAGUUCCUGGAUCUGGCUGAGUCCCCUACCGCCUCGGAUAACGAAGGCAUCGAGGACAUUCUGAUGAAGCCUCGGCUUUCCUUACGAGACCCAGAAGAGCUGAGAGAAUCAGUUGGAUCAGGAACUCUCAACAUGGCUGGCGUGCAGGACCUGAGGAGCGACUCUGAACGUCUCAAUGAGGUUAAAGGUCAUCUAGAAAUUGCCUUACUGGAGAAGCACUUCCUGCAGGAGGAGCUGAGGAAGCUGCGAGAGGAGACCAAUGUGGAGAUGCUGAAGCAGGAGCUGGAGAGGGAGCGCUGCAGGAGGCUGGACUUGGAGCAAAAGAUGAACGAUGUACUGAAAACCAGGUUAGAAGACUCUCCUCCCCAGAUUUCCCGUAAGCAACAGUCACCCUCCGCUAACGGCACAGAGAAGCAACAAAAAGAGACACUGUGGUCUCGGCUGCAAAAGUGGCUUUACGACCGGUUCGGGGUUUACAUUGAGGACUUCCGUUUCCAGCCGGAGGAGAACACGGUGGAGCCAGAGGAGCCACUCAGUGCUAAGAGGUUAACAGAGAAUAUGAGGAGACUAAAGCGGGGUGCCAGACCUGUAACUAACUUCUUGAGGAACCUGUCAGCCUUAUCCAAUUGGCACUCAGUGUACACGUCAGCCAUUGCCUUUAUUGUCUACAUGAAUGCUGCAUGGUAUGGCUGGGCCAUUCCUAUGUUCCUGUUUUUAGCCAUUUUGAGGUUAUCCUUGAAUUACCUCAUCGCAAGAGGAUGGAGAAUUCAGUGGAGUAUUGUGCCUGAAGUUUCUGAACCUGUGGAACCCUCAAAAGAAGACUUGACUGUGUCUGAAAAGUUUCAGUUAGUACUUGAUGUUGCACAAAAAGCACAGAAUCUUUUUGGAAAGAUGGCAGACGUUUUAGAGAAAAUCAAAAAUCUGUUCAUGUGGGUGCAGCCUGAGAUCACGCAGAAACUGUAUAUUGGUCUGUGGGUGGCCUUUAUAUCCUCAUGCAUCCUGCCCUAUAAACUCAUGGGUUUUAUUAUAGGGCUGUAUGCAGGCAUCAAAUUCUUCAUCAUCGACUUCCUGUUCAAGAGCUGUCCCAAGCUCAGGGACAAGUAUGACACGCCGUACAUCGUGUGGAAUAAUCUGCCCACAGAUCCCCAGCUAAAAGAGCGCACCAACGCCACCAUGUCCAGACGGCUGUCUGGGUGUGAGAAGAUCCCACCGGUGGUGUCACGGAGUAGCUUAGCAACCAUUCCCUCGGGAAUGAGCAGAGAGGACGACAGUGGCCGCUCACAUAGCACCAAGAGAGGAGCCUUCCAUGAGAUCUUCAACCUGCCAGAGACUGAAAGACCGCUCCCUGUGUGUGAGAAUGGAUGGAGGUGUUGUUUGAUCAAUCGGGACCGAAAAAUGCCUACUGACUACAUUCGCAAUGGUCUGCUCUAUGUUACUGAAAACUACCUGUGUUUUGAGAGCUCCAGUUCCAGAUCAGGUUCCUCCAAAAAGAAUAAAGUCAUAAAGCUUGAGGACAUCACCGAUAUCCAAAAGUAUAAGGUUUUGUCUGUUUUGCCGGGGUCAGGAAUGGGAAUCUCUAUUGCCACUCCCUCAACACAGAAGCCCUUGGUGUUCGGUGCCAUGAUUCACAGAGACGAGGCGUUCGAGGCGAUCUUCACACAGUACAUGAAGAUUGUGACCACAGGCUGCCACGAGACCUAGUGCAUCAUUAACCCUUAGAGAAGCUUCCUCUUCUCUCUCUCUCGCUCUCUCUCUCUCUCACUCAUCUCUCUGGUUCCUGUCUCAAUGAGCAGGAACUGAGCAGUUUAGUCGAUCGAGGCUAGAUGAUCUCACAUGACGGUUGAGAGCAAACAGCAGCACAUUCCUGUGGAGCUCGGGGGGCUGGACCUCCUCACCUGCCUGACUACACGCUCUCUGAGGAGCAGAGUGUAGAGCUGCAUAUAGACUUACGUGGUACAUGUUUCGCAACCCUUUUUUUUUCUGCUGUUCUGAUUCGAUGUGUUUAUUUGUCAAGGCUUUGCUUCGUAAUGCCUGUCAGGAGAGCAUGCAAGAUGAUUAACACCUUGCAGAUUACUGAUGAAGCCCGUCCGUGAUAGUUUACAUCGCUGCAUCGCAUUCACAAACACACACCACACUCACACAAGCUCAUUUGUUUAACAGUCUUUAAAUGUAGCGCGUUCAAACGUAAGCUGUUUCGAGAUGUUGAAUUAGAUUUCACUGAUUAAUAAACCUACAGUGUGUAGACACUUAUUAUUUUCCAGGAGCAAGAAGUAGAUCUAGAUCUUAUUAAAGCUAAGACUUUCCCUCUAUAGCUUUGAGAUGAGGUUUCUGCACACACACCACCUCAUAACUAUCCAACACCCAGCCCAGUCUUUAGUAGGCUCUCUUAGCAUAAAGCCGAAGUGGCAUAGGUGUCCGAGCUCUCAGAUCUUUUACACCUCCGCUAUCACACACCGUGUCAUUUAGAUCAGGGCGAGGUAUUGUCAUAUACAAUAUGUUUAGCUCCCUGGCUACAUGUGAGUAUGAGGAACUCAGCUGAGCACCUUGUAAUUGAAGUAUAAAUGCCAGAUCAGUUUAUAGUAAAAGCAACGUCCGACACUGAACUCGAAACUAACGUCAGCUGGCAUAUGAUAUGUGAUGCAUUCUGUCAUUCUGAGUCUGAAGUUGCAACAGGCUUAUUAAGUUGAAACCGUAAUCUAUAUCAAAAGCUUGCUUGAAGGCUGAUUUCGGCGCUCUGAGAAAAUCUCGGCUUUCAUACUGUGUCGAUAUUGCCGUGAAAUUUAAACAGAUAUCGAUUGACCCUCAAGCAAGGGAUGAGGCAUUUUCUGCCUUUUAGAAUGCAGCCUUUAUCUCCAGAUGCUAGUGAGUAUUUGUCUCUUUCUCAUCCUCCUCCUCUCCUUUUAUUACAAGUUGAAGCACACCCCCUUGAAUGCAAAGCCGUGGGCAGUUCAACUGGCUGAAAAAGUACCGUUUCACUCGAUAUCUCCAGUAUGAUAUCAGUGAUGAGUUUGUAUGUGUGAAAAGUGUUCAUAUCUCCUUAUGCUCUAACUGUGCACAUUGAGGCCUCGCAGCUAUAGAGUUUCGAUCCUGAGCCUGUUUACCAUCUGUGUGGAGUUCUCUUAAGUUCUGCAAAGAUUUUCUACCAACAAACUAGUGUUAUAUCAUUAAGAUUAACAUUUCCAUCAGCAUAAAGCCGAGACUUUCUUUCAUGCCAAAAGUAUUAAAAUGUGCUUCUGGGUUAGAGUGACUCACAAUGAUGGAGUAGGUCACAUAUGUUCAUAACAGCAAAGUGCCAGACUGAAUGAAUGUGAAUUGUGUGAUGCAAAAUGCAAAUAUUCAGCGUGAGCAAAUGUCACGUCUGAUGUAAUGUGUUUUCACCGGAGAAUUCUUUUACACUCUGCUACUGAUUAUUCUGACCACUGACGAUGUCAGCCGUAUGGUAUUGAACGUACAGAAAUCUGAGCAAUCACUAUCAGAAGGUUAUGAGUUCAAAUCUCAGCACUGCCAGAGACCCACGCUAGACACCUUUAACCUUCAACACGCUCAGAUGGAAGCUCGCUUCAUUUUCUGCGCACUUUAGCUAACAGCGUCUGAGUCCAUAUAAAUGUCCCAAAGCUUUUAACACGGCUCUUUGUAGUCGAUAAUCAGCUUUUUCUGACCGGAGUUGAUUUCUGGUCCGAGUCCUGCACUUGCACUAAAAAAAAAAGAAAAAAAAAAAGCACAGAUUAUAUUGUCUGAACACUAGUUUUGCCAAAUAUUUCUUGUAUUUUUGUCAUCUCUCUCAUUCACUUUAUUUUUAUUAGCCAUGGUCUGUGUAAAAAACAGAUGUUUACACGAAGGGUUUUGAUUUAAAUCUAUGUUUUGCCUCGGUUUGAACCUACAGGGAUAUGAGAACGGAGGCGAAAUCCAUCCCCGGAUGGUCACUGAUUGUCACUGUGUGUCUCCAGUUCUGUGCUUAAUACUGAUGUAUUAGUUAUAUAUAUAAUUAUACUAACUGAUGUAUUUGUUUUAACUGUGUGCAAAUGUUUGCUAAAUAUUUUUUUAUAAGAUUAACACACACCGAAGGAGUAGAAAAUUUAUAUUGUCGAGAUGUGCGAAUUAUUAUUACGCUAUUUAUGUUGCUGGAGAAAAACAGCAAUUGAAGAUAAAGAAAAAGGGGUUUAUAUUCAGUGCAAUGCAGUAACAUUAAAACCACAGUUUUAUUUUUGUUUUGUUUUUUUGUUUUGCUUUUUUUUUUUAAAGAACUGUGUGUCUUAAAAAAAAAUCAUAAUGUGGUGUAUAUUUUGUAAUGGAGUAAAUAAGAGUUAAAGGAU